GGGUUGGUGGUGCUGUGGGUGGAGUUGGAGCUGCCUGUGCCCAAGGCUGUGGGCUCGUGUGUUCUGCUAUGGAGCCUCAAAUGGCCCAACUCCCAGGUCCACUGGUCCUGGGCAGUGUGGCCCGGCGCCCUUCAACCCUGCAGAUGGUCAAAGAGGCGCUGCAGGCCCAAGAUGAGAAGAAGGGCGCCUCUGUCUUCACCAUCAAGCGAUUCAUCCUGGCCAGGUACCCCAUGGAGGAUCCUAUCCGGCUCAAGUACCUGCUGAAGCGGGCGCUGAGCAAGGGGCUGAGCUGUGGGGAGCUGGUGCGGCCCCACAACUCCUCUGCUGUGGGGGCCACCGGCACCUUCAUGUUAGCACCCAAGGAGCCACAGCACAAGCAGCAUCUGGGCCAGGCAAAUCCUGACAGAGGACAGGCCCCGAAGCCAGGACAGGAAGGGACCACCAAGGACCCCUGUGCCCCUGUGGCUGGUGCACAACAACGAGGUAAAGGGCUUCAGGGGCAUGAGCCACCCCAUGCUGCCUGGCCUCACCAGGACUCAUCCACCACCCCGUCUGCAGGUACCACGAAGCAGCAGCUGACAGCCAUGAAGCAGAAGCCAAAAGCAAAGCCCAUGGAUGCCCAGCCACGAGCUGCAGUGAAGCCUGGGAGCAAUGGAGCAAAGCCCCCGCGAGCUGCCAACCACCCCCAGGCCCCUGGCACAGGGUGUUCAAGGCCCCCACGAGCUGCUGACCACCCCCAGGCACUUGGCAAAGGGUGCUCAAGGCCCUGUGGGGCUGAGGCUGCAGGAAGGAGCAAAAGCGACAGCUCUGUGGGUGCUGGGACAAAGGGGCCCCAAAAGGUCCCUGGAGGAAAGAGCAAGGGGAAGGUGCUCAAGGGGGCACAGCAGGGUCCCCCCAAGGCACAGAGGGGUCAAGGCCAGGCGAGGAAGCCCCAGGUGACCCCAGGAGCCAGGCAGGGGGAAGCCAGGCUGCAGAAGGCAGCAUCCCCUGGAGAGGAUAGAAUGGCUCUGUUGGGGGACCCAGACAGUCUCACUUAGCCCUGCUUCAGCUGGCCCCAGGCCUUUAGGGUCUGGGCUGCUUUUAGUCCCCAGGACAGGUUUUAACUCUGUGUUUACCUUCUGCUAAUAAAGCUUCUUUACUCAACUCAUAGAAUGGCCUGACUGCUACCCUGGUUGUGGGCCCCUGCCCCUGGGCUCCCAUUUCCCAGCCCUGGCCUCAUGCUGCAUGGCAUGGUAGUGAGUUGAUACUGCAGGCAGCUGCCUCUCUGCCUGCCCUCAUGGAGAGGUGCCCUGUCUGUCCCUGUGUCCCCAGCUGUGGUGCCAGGGGUAUGCUGGGCUUUGGGGGCUGUGUGUGUGUGCAGGCUGGCAGUGAUGGCCUGGGCAGGGGCCCUGGGACCCAUGGGACACAGCAUGGUGGCACCCCCGGGAAUGGAGAAGCUCAGGCUUGGCCAGUACUGCUGGUGUGGACUGUGAGGUGUCGAGCCCUCUGCCCUCUUGGCUGCCCUUGUGUUGAUGCCUGGCUGAGGUGGGAUUAUGAGAGUGCCAGGGUGGGAGGUCUGGGUGCAUGCCAUGGUCCCGAGCACUGGGGGGAGCUGCGUGUGCUCUAACUAUAGUAAGAGAAAGAUAGAGGUGUUUUAGGGCUCAAAAAUGAGUUUAGAGUGCUUGCUGUAGCCCCCAGCAUAGUUUGUGCUCUUGUUAUGUGUCUGUGGCACAGUUCCCACAUCCAAACCUGUCUUGUGAGCUCCUGUGGGUCAGUGUAUGACACUUUCAUUUAAUAGCUUCAAAUGCCUGAAUUUCUCUUGCUCUGCCCAGAGCAGAGCCCUUCUGAAGGUCAGGCUGAUCGUGUAAAGGGUUACAGUCCUCCUGGGUGGGAGAAAAUAAGUGGAAGUAAAACUCUUCCUAAAGAGGAUUUCACUAAUCUGCAGCUGGCCUUGCCAAUGCCCUCCAAGGCUCCUGGCCUUGCUCUGGGGCUUAAGCAAGAGCUGAGCAAACUAACUUCUCUUUAAACUUCAGCCUUGACUAUGUUGAUCCAUCUUUAAGGGAGCUGGAACUCGUGUCCCUCCAGGGACAGGGUGGGGAAUAUGACAGCAGUAACUGAGCUGAGUUCACUGGAUCCUCUGACAGUGGUGGCCUCACAGAGCCUCGCUCGCCCAUGUGGCAAUGUCCCAACAGGGCAGGGAAGGGGCUGUGUCCUCCCUCCUCACCAUCUGCAGUGUGAAAUGUGCAACUCUCUUGCUUUGAGAGAGGCCAAGUCAUUUAAUGGCUGGAUUUAGCUUUACUAAGAAUCAACUUCCUAGCAGGAGAAAAAAAAUCCCCCCAGUGUCUGGAAAGUGCAGCUUUUACUGGAGGAGAUGGAAGAGCAUGGAUUUAGCAAUGCCAUGGUUAUUAAGGCCCCUGGGCCAAGCUGGUGUCAGGGUGCUGAAGCUGCAGCCUGGUCUGACAGUGCAGGGAGGUGCUGGCUCCCCAGGGCUGGGGGGAGGCACUGUCCUGUGGACUGGGCAGCUGGCAGAGGUGAGGGUGCCCGGCCCCAGCUGCUGCUGUGGGGCUGCUGGUCUUCACGUGUGCAGCACAGUGUCAGUCAGUUCGGGUGCCAGUCGUCCGCUCCCGCGCCUCUUCCAGCGGGAGCCGUGGCACCGGCUGUGGGAGUGCUGUGUGGCCACAGCGAGCUCUGCAGCUCAGAGGGGUACAAACCUGUCUCCUGCAGAAACAAGGGGGUUCUCACUGAGCUGCUGACCCUGCACAUGGUGUGCCUCGUACAUGCAAGGCUCGUCUGUGCAGGUGUCUUUCAUGUGUGUACUCUGCACACACAGGGGCAGGAACUGCACUCCACAGGUUCAGCACCUUGUUUUAUUACAAAGAUAGGCUUUGCCAGGAGUUUGCCACUUCCACUACACAGCAGGUAAGGGCACUACAUCCACAACACGUGCCGAAGUUGGAAAACAUGUUACAAAGGGCUCAGGGGUUCAAGGCAAUACAACACUACAAACCCUCGAGCUUUUGCUCUGUUAAAGUUAUUCCUUUACAUGGCUGUAGCAAAUACUUCUUUUUUUUAUUUUUUUUUUUUGCUUUGAUAAAAAUUAAAUAAUAAAGCAAUAACCUCAAUACACAGCCCAGUCACAGCACCUGGAGGCAAACCCUACUUGCUCUUGACUCACUUGUUUCCUUUCCCUGUAACAAACAACAUGGGGCUACAGCUCCAUGGCCCUUUCCCUGCCUCCAACCAAACUCAACAUUCUCUGCUACCUUGUUCUUUCUUGCCCUUGCCUUCCCUGUGCUGGGCCUACCUAAAUCUCUGUCAGCUAUUCACAGUCUCUAACAGAAAAAAAAAUUCAAGAUUUUGUGAAAUCACUUUCAAAAUAAAACGUAGCCCAGCUACAUUCUUAAGAGUUUAUAUUCUGAAGCCACAUCCUCAGCAAAGACAUUGAGACCUCUGCAGUGUAAGUACUUUUUCUGUA